UUUCCGCACAGAUACAAGCAGACAUGGACUGAUUCGCUGGGGUCAGUACUCUGAGUACACCAUGAUUAAGCAUGACGUCAAACGGAUUGUCAAAGAGAAGAGAGGACGCUACGGAAAAUGACGAAGCUUGUACGAUUUGUACAGAAGUAUAUCGGGACCCUCGACUCUUACCCUGUCGGCAUACAUUCUGUUCAUGCUGCCUAGAGAGGUGGCAUGCCUCCAGCCGUCAGAGACAUUAUUUCUCUUGUCCCAUAUGUCGGGAGGAAGUCUGGCUGCCCGAACACGGGGUGCAGGGGUUCAGUUCAAACUACUUCGUUCCUUGUAAGCUGUACAAAGAGAACUGCAGUGUUUGUCAGACGUCGAGUGUUGAUGUCCGUCGGUGCAAUUCGUGCGAUCAGCUGCUUUGUCAGACAUGUAGAACGACACACGAAUCCCACCAAGCAAGUAAGGACGGUUCCUGUUGCCGUGACCAAGAGGACGAAGUCGUCCCAGGGGAAGCCACAGCGAUACGAACAGCCAUUAGCAUGCUGCGACCUGUCACGCGGUCAUGCUGCUAUGCCGAGGUUAUUGGUGGAUUCCAGUCUACGUUCACGUGUGUCAGUAAGAUCGUACCCGUAUCAGCGAGAGAUGCCUGGGUGCUGUUUGAUAACGGUCCUGCUAUCUACAGAUACAAUAUGAGCGGGAAGGUGACUGACACUAGAUACGCUGCGGGCAAGGUUAUCGAUAUGUGCGCUCACCCGGAUGGGCCAUUACUUGUUAUUCAGGAAUAUUCCAAUUCAGUAUUCGUUUGUGGGGACCUCAACACCACACCUAUUGAGUAUGUAAACGUAGGAGAUUAUCUGCCAACAUCUCUCCUUGUAAGAGAUGACGGAUCCUUGAUUGUUGCAGUCAAACCCUUAAAUGAUUCGUUGUUAAAUGAGUGUGUUUUGCUUGAAUAUGAUCAUGAACGAAAUCAGAGAAGAUCAAGAACCCUUCGCGGUCAGUUUAUGCGGAUAAGUGGUUUAGCGUUUGACACAUAUAGUAGUCAAGUGUGCACUGCCGACAUGGAAUGCAGAGUGGUUCACGUGCUGCCCAAUGACACCGUUAGAGCGUUAACAUACUGCCGCUCGGCAGCUUUCCCGAUCAGAAGGGAAUCGGAUGGGCUGAUGACAACACAAUUCACCCCCAGAGCUGUUUGCUCUGGACUGCACGAUGCCUUCCUAGUGUUGGAUGGCGGGUCCGGCUACAUCCAUGUGUUGGAUGCGUUGGCAAAUCUGAUCAGCGUUGUUGUAAUGGACGACCAGGAGCACGCUAGUUCACCCAACACUAUCGCUGUAGGACGGGACGACCGAUUGUGGGUCGGCGAUGCCAGUGAUGGCAAGGUUAAAGUGUACAGCCUCAACAGCUUCAUCAACCACCUUCAACAAGAACCAAUUGAACGAGGCUUUACAUUUGACGGCAUACGAUUGCCGGGUACUGAUGAACUACGUGGUACCUCCAGCGGCGUGUCCGAACACUUUCCGAAAUACGAUUCAGCAUUUACACGCCAACGUGUAUUGGCCCUCGGUCUGGAUGGAAACACGCUCGAUAUGUCAAAAGAGGCAUUCGACGAUAUGGCUAGAAACUGUUUGCCAGCAAUACGAAUAACAACUGAUUUCAAUGGUAUUACUAUCACUCUUGACGACACGGGAACUCCGGAGGGUAAUAUACGUGAACGGGAACGUGUGCUGUGCAUGAUUCGCCAGAACGAUUUGAUAAGAAAUCAGAUAGAACAGAUUGGUCACAAUGCAUAUCAUCUAGGACCUGAUAAUUUUAAGUUUGAGAGUAUCACUAACGUUCAGCCACAGCGGUUUUCCUCUACUCCUAACCAAUCUGGAAGCUUCUCCAUGACGCCAUUCACAGCUGGCAGCUUCCCCCUGCAAUACGGUUCAAUUCUGCCAAAUUUACUUACUGGAAAUAGGGAAUAUGACAUGCAGCUUUUUAUUCAGUUUUUACAGAAACAUCCAGCAAUUCGGGAAGAUAUGGAAAGAAAAGGGAUUACACCAAGAAUGAUUUUAGACUUCCCGUAUUUCUUGAAAGAACAACACAUGUAGUUUAAUGUCUUAUGGUUUUACUCCCUUCCAGGACAAUGUAUUUGUCAUUCUGCUUGUGAUAUCUAAAGAUGUUUUCCUUUAAGUAAGCAUACUAGUUCGCUCAGUGGUUUAUAGGCUGUAACAAGACUAUUAAGUUCGUAGUUUACUUACUUCUGCAUUGUAUAUUGAUUCGCUAAUCGUUGUUUUUAUACAGUAAUUAAAAACUUUGUACUCUGUAAAACGAUAUACAAUACCCUGCAUACAGUAAAACAGUACUCUGUA